UACUUCGGAAAAAAUCUUUCGUUAAAAGUGAUUUGCCUUUGUUUUGCAACGACAUCUUGUUUCACUUGCAAAAACUAAAUUUGUAGAUGCUGUAACUCACCGAGAGAACUUGAUCUCCUCAGAAAUCUCUCUCUCUCUCUCUCUCUGCAUACCGUCAGCUGUUUCACAACAAAUCAACAAAUCUCAGUGGCGACAAUGUGAAUAGGGUGCAUGGCAAUAAAACAAACAUAGAAGCAAACAAACACAUUUUGGUGGAAAAAUGGAAUAAAAACACAAAUUGAAUAAAUUUAAUGACAAAAGAAAUUUUUUUUUUUUUUUUAUUUGGCAUACAUUUCAGUGACAUUUGAAUUCCAUUAAAAAAAAAUAAAAUAUAUAAACAAAAACAACAACUAUGGCAUUUUUGUGUCCAGUGCGUAUGAGGCGUGACAAAAAGAAAGCCACCAAUGCAAACAUUGAACGUGAUUUACCCUUGCCUGGCGGUGUUACUGUUGGCCUAGGUCGCAUCACUGGUUCUUCCAGUAUUGAAACAUUGGUCAGGGUGGGCAUUGAAAAGGAACAUGGCUUGAGUCCCGAUUCCAAAAUGGUUGUUCUACACGACUUCACACCCUGUGUGGACGAUGAGUUGGAGGUAAAACGUGGCCAAGUGGUCAACAUACUUUAUCGUGAAAAUGAUUGGGUCUAUGUCAUUGGUGAAGAUUCGCGGCAAGAGGGCUUUAUACCCUACUCCUAUUGUGCGCCCUACAAUACCCAGUUAGCUGAUAUGGCCAUUAAAAAGAAACUACCACGUGGCGAAGGUGGUGGUGGUGGUAGUGGCGGUGGGGAACAUAGUGAAACAAUACCUUUGAUCCAAUCCAAUGACAAUGCCAAACUGGAUUUAAUUGAAGAGGUCAACAAUGCCCAGGCGGCAUUGAAAAAUGCCGUGGCUGAACUCAACUCCCCACUUCUAAUGGAUGCCGGAGAGUGUACCCCUUUCCACAAGGAACCGAAUGGUCGUUAUAUUGUUCUCUACACUUUUAUUGCACGCGAUGAAAAUGAUUUAUCUGUGGAGAGGGGAGAAUUUGUGACACUCCUAAAUCGUGAUGACAGCGAUUGGUUUUGGAUUGUUCGCAGCGAUGGCCAGGAGGGCUUUGUGCCCUCAGCAUUUAUAUAUCCAGCUGAUAGUGUGCUCCAAACACAACAGAAACUGAUGGAAAAUUCCCUUAGUAAAUCAAAUGGACAAAUAUCCACGGGUUCAGGUGCGGCCCAGGGUAAUUUGAAUUCCUUAAGCCAACCCGUAACCAUGCCAAGUGCUAACACAAAUGGUGGUGUUGAGAAUAACUUGCAGCCAACCCAGCAGCAGCAACAACAGACACAGCAAAAUUCCCAGAAUUCUACGGCACAAAUUCCCGCCGAUGAUGUUCGUUAUGGCACGGAGCUGGUCAUGCUUUAUGAUUAUAAGGCUCAGGCUCCCGACGAUUUGAGUGUGAGACGCGGUGAUUGGAUAUAUGCUGAUCUAAAUAAUCAAACAGUCGAUGGUUGGCUAUGGUCUUAUGCACCGAAGACAAGAAAAUAUGGAUUUAUUCCAAAAGCCUAUGCUAGGCCACCUGCCAUGACAAGCCUUUAAAAAUUUAUUCCAAAACAAACGUACAAUAUAAUUGCAUUUAUUUUAAUUACUAUUUCAUUUUUGAGUAAUACUUUUAUUAAUAAUAUUUUGCAGCUAAAUAUAUAUUAAAAAAAUAUAUCAUUUGUGUACAAUUUGUUGAUGUUUUUUCUCUUAUGCAUGCGAGCAGUAAAUAGUCUUUCGAGUACGAAAUUUACAUACAUACAUCUUUAUGUUUGUUUUUUGGAUAUAAGGUCACUUUUAUUUUUUGUUUGUUUAUUGCUCUAAUAUAUAUUGUUUAUCUUUCUUUCACUCUUGCACAACUUAAGUUUAAAUUUACUAAUUACAAAUUACAAAAAUAUUAAAAUUAGUCUUAAUGUUAUUACAGGUUACUGAUGGUGUAUACAGAAGAUUCAAUGUUGCAGAAAAACAAAUACAUAGUUGACUAUUUUCCUUCCAAGCAAAUACUUUUAAAUAUAAAAAAAUAGGAUAACUUUGUUUUGAGAAUAAUUUGGUUCUUUACACAAAGGUGGAUAUUUUCGAGAUAGCAAUGAAAAGAAAUAUAGCUACCUACAGAUAUAAAGAAAAUACUACUAAUUUAUUUGCAAUGUAUAUAGUAGUAGCAUAUAAUAUCA